AUGAGUAGCGCAGGCGUCGGAUGCCUCUAUGGUGUGGGUGUGGGGCCGGGCGACCCGGAAUUGCUGACGCUGAAGGCUGUGCGCGUCCUGAAGGCGGCGCCAAUCAUAUUCACACCGCAGGCGACAGGCAGCAAGGACAGCCUUGCGCUCAUGGUAGCUCGCAACUAUGUCGAUGAGUCAAGGCAACGUCUGAUAUAUGCCUCGUUCGUGAUGGGUGGGACGUCCGACGGUGUGUGGAGCGAGGCCGCGGAGCGCAUUGCAGGCUAUCUUUUGGGUGGCGAGGAUGUCGCGUUUCUGACGCAGGGCGAUCCGUUGCUGUAUGGCUCGUUCAUGUAUGUGAUGGUGAAGGUGCAGGCGGCGCAUCCCACGAUCCCGAUAGAGGUGGUCCCGGGCGUAACCUCCAUUACGGCGUCUGCAUCGCGGGCAAAGAUGCCCCUUGUGUCGCACGGCGAGCGGCUGGCCGUACUGCCUGCGAUGUACGGAAUCGACGACCUGCGGGAUGUGCUGGCGCGCAACGACACGGUGGUGCUGAUGAAGGUGAAUCGCAGGGCGAUGGCUGCGGUGUCGCAACUGGAGGCGGACGGCGAACUGAGUCGUUGUGUGUUCGUGCGGCGGGCGACCACUCCACGCGAGCAGAUUGCGUUCAGCUUGCGAGAGAUUGCGCCUGAGGAUAUCGACUACUUCUCCAUGCUGAUAUUGAGUGGCAAGAAGGGACAGGUUUGA